AUGUCUUAUGCUAAAAUCGGACAGCACUGCACUGUUCCAGGAUACGGCAUCGGAACCAACCCCGACAAGGGAAAGGCUGGUCCAAUUUUGCACUUCGACACAGGAUACCUGAAGAGCGAGGGCACAAAUUGGAAUACGUCCGAUGCUAUCAUGUAUCAGACACGGACCAUCACCCGCAACAACCUUGCCGAUGUUCCGGCGAGUAUAUGUCGUUAUGGAACCAGAACGCUGAGGCAGAAAGCCAGAGCGAACUGA